AGUCCAGCCUUAAACUCUUGGCCUAGCAAAGCCCGGUCAAGCAAUACCACCACAAUGCCAGAACAGCAGCAGUCAAGACCCCAGCUCAGAGGUAAUGGCUCUUUUGCUUCCUUGUGGCAAUCGGGGGCCAUUUCCGCCUGCACCAUAUUAUACACCAUUCCCAAGGGUCCCCCAGCCCUCAGGAGCAAAUUUUCCAGGAACCCAAUGGGGACGCUACGGUUGUUUCUCUGUGCGUUUUAACUUGGAGCAAGGCUUCCCUCUUCCAUUACGUUUUCCCAUCUAGCAGGCUUCUCUCUGUUAAUCAGGGGAAAUUCAGCAGCAAGGGGGAAGUUUUCCCCACCGCUCUAUAGAAAUGAGAGCUUAUACUUGGCCAAGAGCCAGGGCCGUCUUAAGCAUAUCUGGCGCCGUGGUGCAAAGCUCCCUCCGGUACCCCCCUCCCCCAUUUCCCAGAGUUUUUUAGGGAGGACGGAGCUGCCAGCAGGGCUGGAGGAGGCGGGCAGCUGCUGGAGGGUGGCUCCUCUGGCUGGGAAUAGGCAGAGACUGGACGUGAUGCCUCCCGGCUCAGCUGGCCACUUUGUGCCACGGUGGCCACAGCAGAUGGAGGCUCUGGGCGUGGCGCUGCUUUGGCGCGGCAUGGCAGAGGCGGGCAAGGGCGGUGAGCUGAUGCCGGGAGGCGCCAUGUCCAGCCUCUGACUCUUCCCUGGCGCCCUCCAGAACGUGGCGCCCUGGCGUCCCGCGCCACUAGCUUCAAUGGGUAAGACGUCCCUGCCAAGAGCUCUCAUCUAAUCCAACAGCGGCUAAAGAAAGCACACAUUCCAACACCAGCCCUGCAAAGUUCUGCAAACCAUCACCAGGCACAUUCUGAACUGUAGUAAGUCAUACAACAGGGGGUGGAAAUCCCUUAAUGUCUCCAUUGCCGUUUUUCUUUGUUCCAGAGAACCAGUGCAACAUGACGGACAUAAUGCAAAGAAUUGCCCUUUCCAAGGUAAGACAUAAAUUGGUGUUUUUAGACUGUGGGGCCAAGGUUGAAGGUCUCCUUGUGGGACAGGCGCAUAUUGCUGCAUUGCAGGGUGUGAUUCUCAGGGUCCCUGUUAGGAUUUUUAUCUCACCAGCUGCUCAGCAAGCAGCAUUAUGGUUGUUUAUAUCAUGUCAGUGUCUGAGAGCGUGAGACAGGAAGUCUCAUUACUGUUGGAGUACUGUGAGAAGUUACUUUCACUUUUGUGUGUGAUGGUUGUUCUGUAUUGCUGCUGAGAGAGAGAAGACAUGCUGAUGUAGUCUCUCUAUAUAGACUGUAAAUAAAGUAGUUUUAGAGCUACUGAUUGACUUUUUCUUCUGCAAUGAGAUGCCAGAAGACAAGCGUGGUCCUCUCAGGAGAGAGCAGUCGCUUAUCACCUGUUAUGUACUGAAGUUCUCACCCUGGGCCAGCAGGGGGAUACUGUAGAUAGUUAUGCAAAUGCAGGGUCGAAAGUGACAUUCAGUGAUUGGAUAGUUUUAGAAAGUUGUUACAGUUACGUUGUACUUGAGCUCUAUAUAAGCAGGCCGGCUGAACCCUUCAGCUCAGUUCAGUUCUGGCCUCAGAAUAAAGAAGAGCUGUUUGAAGAAUCGCUGUGUCGUCUGAUAUGUUCGCCCACAACUUAACAUCACCGGUCUCUCUGGACUGAGGAAGGUUUACAGCCAGAGGGUGAACACCAGAGAGACGGUGUCUUGGGAAGGUAGUGGCGUUUUUCUGACUCUAUGAUUCUAUGAUGCUAAAACAGGCCAAAUUUUUAAAACCUACUUUAGGGAGUGCUCAUGUGCUCGGAUCCUGCUUGUGGAUUUAACGCAGGCAUCUGCUUGGCCACUGUGAGAACAGGACGCUGGACUAGAUGGGCCAUUGGCCUGAUCCUGCAGGCUCUUAAGAAAUGCUUUUGCAAUUAAAAAUCUGCAGCAAAAUGGAUAUACCUAAAUUGCAACUUCCAAUCAGUAGAGUAUAUUCAGAAUAGAAUGGUUGUGAAUUAAUUGUUUUGAUGCCAUGCCUAUUCCAGAUGUAUCCACAUUGCACUGACUGUCUGAAAGUGCAGCAUAAUUUAAUUUAAUUUAAAUUUUUUAAAUUUCUAUACCGCUUUAUAUUUUUAAGGAAAAUCUCAGAGUGGUUUACAGCAUAUUAAAUCAAUAAAAGAUAAAUAAAACAAUCUGAGGAAAUUCGAAGAUAGUCAAAGCAACAUAACAGAAAACGAAAAUAUUAUCUUAAAGAUUUCAAAAUAAAACAUUACAAAGGAGGUCAACUACAGAAUACAUACAGUGGUGCCUCGCAAGACGAAAUUAAUCCGUUCCGCGAGUGUCUUCGUCUAGCGGUUUUUUCGUCUUGCGAACCAACCCUAUUAGCGGCUUAGCGGAUUAGCGCUAUUAGCGGUUUAGCGGCUAUUAAAGGCUUAGGCGGCUAGCAAGGCUUAGCGGCUUAGAAAGGGGGGAGCAAAAAUCUCAAGACUCGCAAGAUAUUUUCGUCUUGCGAAGCAAGCCCAUAGGGAAAUUCGUCCUGCGAAGCGCAUCGAAAAACGGAAACCCCUUUCGUCUAGCAGGUUUUCCGUCUUGCGAGGCAUUCGUCUUGCGGGGCACCACUGUAUUUAACAUAGUAGGGCUGAUGAGUCUGGGCCCUGCCCCCUAGGCCAGGUGGAAAGGGCCUUGUAGGGAGCAGCCGUCAUGCCCCACAGCCCGUCACACACACACACACACACACACACACACACACACACACCUUUUCAGACUGACCCCAGAAAUAAAUUCUAUUCUCUCUCUUUGCAAACUGUUCAGGGGGGAAAGUUUGUGCGUCACAGAAGAACUUAGAACCUCUCUCCAUUCUGCUGCUGCUUUAGUGAGCAACCUGACGAUGGAAACCAUGAUAAUUUUAAUGAUCCCUUUCUCCCCCCCCUUCUCCCCCAAUGCUCAGCCACCUGUGAACAAGGAUAUGUACAACACCUUGUACACUAAAGACUACAUACACUAUGAUGACUAUCACUACCAGGUGCCGACAAUGGAUGCCUCACAGGUAGGCAACAUUCUUCUCAACCGUUUUCACGAGAAGGUCUUUUCUGACUUGAUCCCAGAAUGUCCCGCUUCUCCUUAGGACAUCCCUAUUUUCAUCAGAGAAAUGUUGGAGGGUAUGGAGUUAUGUGACUCCUGGGCUAAGGAGAUAUGUAACUACACAACCUUUGGAAGACAUCUGAAGGCAGCCCUGUCCAGUGGUACCUUGGUUUACGAACAGUCCUGUUUACGAACUAUUUGGUUUACGAACUCCACAAAACAGAAGUAGUGUCCCGGUUUGCGAACUUUACCUCGGUCUAUGAACGGAAGCUGAACAGUGGAAGGGCACCAGCCGUGGGAGGCCUCAUUAGGGACAGCAUGCCUUGGUUUAAGAACGGAUUUGGUUUAAGAACGGACUUCAGGAAUGGAUUAAGUUCCAAAACCGAGGUACCAUAGGGAAGCUUUUAAAUGUUUUGUUAUGUUGGAAGCCACCCAGAAUGGCUGGAGCAACCCAGUCAGAUAGGGCAUGCCUAUUUUCUUCAGAGAAAUGGUGGACACUGAGCGUUGUGUUUGCAGGAAGUUUCUAAUGAAUCUUCCCAGCCAGAUCCACAGCUUGUGUGAAUUGUUUGUGCAGAUGCUGAAACUGGAAGCCCAGCUGAAGGCCAAGGAGUUCCAUACACCUGUUGAGCCUGAACCUGUGAAGUACGUUGAAGCAGCUGGCUGCCAAGAAGUUCGACCACCUUAUCCUAUGGACCUGGGCCGGAGGCUGACCACAAGCCAAGCGGCUCCACCACCAUUCCAGCAGGUCCAAGAAGAUCCACAGGUCUGCCACCUUCUUCCAAAGCAAAGCGCAGUACAGAAGAUGGAAGUGGAGAGACUAGCUCAGCAGGCAGACACAUGUAUUCCGCCAGGUAAAGAGUCCAGCAGUUCUUUGCCGCGUGAGUCUUAAAAACUUAAGGAGAUCACUGUGAGAUCCAGCCAAAGCCACAUCUAGACCAGCAAGCAUGACCUGAGCACUGUAGCAUGCAUUCUCACAUUCAUGAUCUCCAGCGACUGCCUGUAAUACUGGAGGCUAUAGCAUUAUGUAUUAUACUAUUCAUUUCAUUUCUAUAAAACUUCAUAUUUUUAAGGAAAACCUUUUUAAAUAAAAAAAUUAAUUUUAAUUGUUAAGUGGGGGAAUCAACACAAUUUAUUUCGCCAUUUCUAGCCUCCAUAAAUUUGUCUACCAUAUUUAUUGCUCUAUAAGACGCACCUGACCAUAAGACGCACCUAGUUUUCAGAGGAGGAAAACAAGAAAAAAAAUAUUCUGAAUCAAAUGUUGUUGAAGAGGCUUUGCCCGGCUAUCCCUGAAGCCAGAACAGCAAGAGGGAUUGCUGCGCAGCAAUCCCUCUUGCUGUUCUGGCUUCAGCAAUAGCUGCGCAGCCUGCAUUCGCUCCAUAAGACGCACACCAUUUCCCCUUACUUUUUAGGAGGGAAAAAGUGUGUAUCAUAGAGCGAAAAAUACUGUUUUCAACCUGUCCAAGUUGGUAGUCAUGACUACAUCUUAUACAGUGGUACCUUGGGUUACAAACACCUCGGGUUACAAACACUUCGGGUUACAGACUCCGCUAACCUGGAAGUAGUUCCUCGGGCUAAGAACUUUGCCUCAGGAUGAGAACACAAAUCGGGCACCGGUGGCGCAGAGGCAGUGGGAGGCCCCAUUAGCUAAAGUGGUGCUUCAGGUUAAGAAUGGUUUCAGGUUAAGAACGGACCUCCGGAACGAAUUAGUACAUAACCCGAGGUACCACUGUGUUUUGAUUAUCCAACCCAAAGGGCAGAUAUUCUUUCCAUUCUUUACCAACUCAGCUUUUGCAACUAAGGGACCCAACACUGUUAGCAAACCUUUCUUUUCUAGCAUUUAUUUUUUUAAAGAGAAAGCUGUGGUUUUUUUCCCAUCACCCAGCAAAACCUACAAUAGCCUCUUAGCACAGGUCAUUGCUGUAGUAGCGAAUGAGUGAAGUAGGGCAUGAGUGAAGAACAACUCAUUUUGCAGUUCCUGUCUUACAAAUGUGGACUUGCCCCUUCCCCAGAUCAAGUACCAUCUCCUUGCGUCUGCCCAGAACAGGGCCAGAAUUGGAGCGACUAUCAACAGUUUCUCUUGGAAACGCAGCGAGCUACUCAAAUGCAACUUCGUGAAAUUAAGAAAUCACAUGUGGGAUCUACUGUGUUUCAGCCAGGUCAGUUGAGUUAAAUUAAACACACACAACUCGCUUGAGGAUAUUUUGGUAAAUAUUCCCAAAGAAAUACAAGAUGAUGUAUAGUACUCUCAAUGACAGCAGAAGACAUACAAACUAUGCCAACUCUACUUGGUGGCUGAAUAUUCUCUCUUUUCAUAGAAGUUUAUCCCAGGACCGAACCAAGUACUUACCAAAGAGAUUACGUACCCUGGCCCAGACUCCGAAGUGGAUUUUGUAGCGCAAAUAGGAAUUUCUCCAAUCUUGUCUUUGACGAUGGCUACUACACUGAGUAAGAGUCUUUGCAAAUACUUUAUUGGGGGCGGGGGGACUAAGGGAAGCAACAGAACAGUAACAUUUACACACAUACAUUACAUUACGGGUCUCAGGAUCCGUUCAAUGCAAGGUAUCUUUUGUUGGCGGUUUGCGUGUCCAAAAGGAUAUCCAAAGGAGAUGGACAAUUAUAAGAUGUACAGUGGUACCUCAGUUUUCGAGCGUCUCGGAAGCCAAAUGUUUUGCCGAAAACCUGGAAGUAAAUGCUUCCGUUUUCAAACGCGCCUCAGAAGUUGAACGGAUUCUGCUGGAUGUUUAUCAGUUUUCUCAAUGGAACUUGCAACCAGCCCUUUGGGCCUCGGUUUUCGAACGUUUCGGAAGUCAAACGGCCUUCCGGAAUGGAUUACGUUCGAGAACCAAGGUACCACUGUCCUUUACAAUGCAGUAAAUUCUUCAAACCGUAAUGAAUGGUGGGUGUUUGUCCUUCCAAGCUCAAAUCAUUGCACCCACAAGGGCUUACACCAGGGGUCAGCAAACUUUAUCAUCAGGGGGCCGGUCCACUGUCCCUCAGACCUUGUGGGGGGUUGGACUAUAUUUUGAAAAAAGAAAAAAUGAACGGAUUCCUAUGCCCCACAAAUAACCCAGAGAUGCAUUUUAAAUAAAAGGACACAUUCUACUCAUGUAAAAUCACGCUGAUUCCUGGACUGUCCGUGGGCCAGAUUUAGAAGGCGAUUGGGCCGGAUCCGGCCCCCGGGCCUUAGUUUGCCUACCAUAGCUCUCAACCUUUCCCUUUUCUUGUGAGGAAUUUAAGGGAAUUUCCCUUUAAAAAAGGGAAAGAUUGGCAUCUAUGUUGCCUACCCAUGGCUUACUCCGUAUUUCUGAAAGAGGCGUUCUCAGCACCGUGUUGCCAGAAUCCGUCUGAACUAGUCCAUCAAUUUAGCCUUUAAACUCCACCAAAAGGCUGCGCUGCAGAAAUUAAAUAGCCCACUUCCAGAAGUUACUGGUGCUGGAGCCAUUUUCUUCAUGCAAUGGGAUUCCCAUGAGCAACAGUGCAACUGAGCAGAAGGCUACAAAGUUAUCUGACUUAGCCACAUGGCUUCUAAAGUUAGAAUCAUAGAAUCAUAGAGUUGGAAGAGACCACAAGGGCCAUCGAGUCCAACCCCCUGCCAAGCAGGAAACACCAUCAGAGCACUCCUGACGUAUGGUUGUCAAGCCUCUGCUUAAAGGCCUCCAAAGAAGGAGACUCCACCACACUCCUUGGCAGCAAAUUCCACUGUCGAACAGCUCUUACUGUCAGGAAGUUCUUCCUAAUGUUUAGGUGGAAUCUUCUUUCUUGUAGUUUGGAUCCAUUGCUCCGUGUCCGCUUCUCUGGAGCAGCAGAAAACAACCUUUCUCCCUCCUCUAUGUGACAUCCUUUUAUAUAUUUGAACAUGGCUAUCAUAUCACCCCUUAACCUCCUCUUCUCCAGGCUAAACAUGCCCAGCUCCCUUAGCCGUUCCUCAUAAGGCAUCGUUUCCAGGCCUUUGACCAUUUUGGUUGCCCUCCUCUGGACACGUUCCAGUUUGUCAGUGUCCUUCUUGAACUGUGGUGCCCAGAACUGGACACAGUACUCCAGGUGAGGUCUGACCAGAGCAGAAUACAGUGGCACUAUUACUUCCCUUGAUCUAGAUGCUAUACUCCUAUUGAUGCAGCCCAGAAUUGCAUUGGCUUUUUUAGCUGCCGCGUCACACUGUUGGCUCAUGUCAAGUUUGUGGUCAACCAAGACUCCUAGAUCCUUUUCACAUGUACUGCUCUCAAGCCAGGUGUCCCCAUCUUGUAUUUGUGCCUCUCAUUUUUUUGCCCAAGUGCAAUACUUUACAUUUCUCCCUGUUAAAAUUCAUCUUGUUUGUUUUGGCCCAGUUCUCUAAUCUGUCAAGGUCGUUUUGAAGUGUGAUCCUGUCCUCUGGGGUGUUAGCCACCCCUCCCAGUUUGGUGUCAUCUGCAAAUUUGAUCAGGAUGCCCUUGAGUCCAUCAUCCAAGUCGUUGAUAAAGAUGUUGAAUAAGACCGGGCCCAAGACAGAACCCUGUGGCACCCCACUAGUCACUCUAGUAUACCCACCCACCCCGGAUUCUCCAUUUUAUCCUGCCAUGACUCUCCCUCGCUCUUUCUCUCUCCUCCCUCCCCCCAAUACAGGAACCCCUGGGUAUCUGAAUACAUGGACAACUACAAUAUUUUCUUGAAGAAGCUGAACUGGAAGAAUCGGAACCCUGUGUCAUCUUUCUGCUCAGCAGUCAAGCCUGUAACCAAUUUCUGUCACCGGAUGCCCUCUCAAACACCAAUAGCAGUCAACACAGCGCCUUGAAAGUGUACAGCAAUAGUUAUUAUGGUAUGUUCUAAAUUGGACCCUGUGGUAUCAGGGGUGCCGUUGGCAACAGUAAUUGAAGGUGGGGGUCCAGUCCAUGGUGUGUGGAUUUGGCUGUCGGCUCUACUUACAAAAGAGGGCACACACUUGCAUGAAAUUCUCAUGUUCUUUGUGUCUUGUGCAAAUUUGUGUCCUCUUUUGCAAGCAGGGUGAAGGGCUACCCACUCCCACCCACCCAAUCCUGUAUUUAUGUACUAUAUAAGCUAAACAAGCUAUAGCUUAGGGCCCCACUCUCUUGGGGGCCCCCAAAAAUUUUUUUAAAGGGAAAAAACUGGAUGUAUAUUUUCAAUAUAUAAGAUAAAAAAACAAGUAAAAUGGCUUUAGAUACCUAUUAGGUCCAUAAAUUACCAUAUAGCAUAUAUUCAACACAAAAAACAGCAGCAAUUUGUUGUUGACAAAGGACAGCUGGACAUAUAAAGGGCCCCAUUACCAUCAGUAGAUUAAAGGUAAAUGUAAAGGGUCCCCUGACCGUUAGGUCCAGUCGCGGAUGACUCUGGGGUUGCGCACUCAUCUCGCUCUAUAGGCCGAGGGAGCCGGCGUUUGUCCACAGACAGCUUCCAGGUCAUGCGGCCAGCAUGACUAAGCCACUUCUGGUGAACCAGAGCAGCACACAGAAAUUCCAUUUACCUUCUCGCCGGAGCGGUACCUAUUUAUCUACUUGCACUUUGAGGUGCUUUCAAACUGCUAGGUGGGCAGGAGCUGGGACCAAGCAACAGGAGCUCAUCCCGUUGAAGGAUUCGAACCACUGACCUUCUGAUCAGCAAACUUAGGGCCUCAUCAAACCUAAAUCCGGCCCUGCCCCACCCCCAACUAAUCAGUGGCCACAUCCAAGUAAUAAAACAUCAGACAGACAGUGUGCUACCUGGUGAAGCUUUUUCUAGAAUUAUUUCCAUAUGAGAAAAAGGCUAAUGUGUCAAAUUUCUGCCUGUUUAAAGACACAAUAUCCCUGCUUUCUCUCUGUGCCAAUCCUAAAUUAUAUAAAGAAUUCUAGAAGUGGUAAAACAGUUGUGAUAUUGUAGAUCAUGGGUGGGAAACCCUUUUUUGGCUCUGCAGGUUGGGCAAGGCUAUCCACCUGUCAGUCAUCUGGCACCACAAUAAUGUGACUGGGUGUUUUGAAGUCCCGAAGUCAGAGCUUCAAAUCACCACACACAGCCCAGUUCGCCCUAUACGAACUGAAAUGCAGCUAGCCUUUGAAAUCCGCACGUCUCCAAAUUUUGCAAUGCAGUUCUCCAAACAAUAACAUGUGGGGGAAAAAAUCUGUGAAACUGCAUCUAAAAAUGAACAUAUCAGUGAAAGUAACAUGCAAAAUAUGGCACUUAAGGCUGGAAAAAUUAGGAACAGAAAGAAACAGGGUUGGACAAAUCUAUCCAUCUCUGCUCCCAAGUGAAACUUGCAUAGGAGCAUUUUGUAGUGAAACGUUCACAGAAGGUAUGAAGAUUUCUUAUCUGGAAAUGAUCCAGCUGUACUAAAAUCAUUUAAACUAUUGCUGGGUCAAAAGAAAUCUCAGCAGUUCUUGACACUUCAGUCUUUGGGUUUGAUUGUGAGGAGAUACAGCAAGCAGAUUCUUUUAUAUUUAAGCAUGUGUGCCUUAUGGGACGCGGGUGGCGCUGUGGGUUAAACCACAGAGCCUAGGACUUGCCGAUCGGAAGGUCAGCGGUUCGAAUCCCGUGACGGGGUGAGCUCCCGCUGCUCGGUCCCUGCUCCUGCCAACCUAGCAGUUUGAAAGCAUGUCAAAGUGCAAGUAGAUAAAUAGGUACCGCUCCGGCGGGAAGGUAAACGGCGUUUCCGUGCACUGCUCUGGUUCGCCAGAAGCAGCUUAGUCAUGCUGGCCACAUGACCCGGAAGCUGUACGCCGGCUCCCUCGGCCAAUAAAGCGAGAUGAGCUCCGCAACCCCAGAGUCGGCCACGACUGGACCUAAUGGUCAGGGGUCCCUUUAUUUACCUUUACCUCUAUUUACCUUGCUGGUUCAUUCCACAUGCUAUUCAACAUCCCUUGCUGGUCUAUUCCACAUGCUAAACACAGAAGGAGAUGGAUUCAUCAAUCCCUGGCUCUAUUUAGUUAGCACGAAUUUGUUGAAUAUUGUAUUGAAGCCCUCUAUGCCAGUGAUGUCACAUCUUGUGGCAGUGGGUUCCGUAAGUUAAUUAUGUAAUAGGUGAAGAAGAACUCCCUCUCUUUCCUGCAUGGAGCUCUGCAUUUAUUCCCAUUAUGAAAGUUAUUGUUUUAGCUUCUGAAAGUAUCCAUCCCUGAAAUGCACCCUAGAUAUAUUUAUUUUAUUUUUUCUUUCUUUCUGGUUCUAGUUCUUCAAGCAACACAGGAUACCAGCUAUGGACAUUUGGACACAGGACCUUGGAGGCCUGAAGACCUGUUAGAUACCAGAGACAGUUGUUUAUAUUUAGUGUAUUUUUACUUUUGUGUAUAUCAUAGCAGGGAUAUGAUAUACCUGCUUACCAAAGUAAAACCAGAGCCCUAAUUUGAACGGUGUAUUGAAAUGGACAGCACCACUGUGCAAUGCAUGUAUCUUAGAAUCAAUAAUCAAAGAUAGAAUUGUUCAGGUCACUGUGCCUUUUAAAUAAACAACAAAUGGAC